GCCGUCAGGAGUUCUAUGAGAAAUACUAAUGGUGUACAAUGUGUAAGAUUAGCUGCAUCGCGGGUGCAUAGAACGGUUGGUAGUGUCUCGACUCUAGGCCUUUUGCUCGAUAUUUCAGUGGGUCAAGCCAUGUCGUGCAAUAACAGCUGUCAAGGAAACGACGUUAAUUUCGUUGCUGAGCCGAGGGUUGUCGAUCAUAUGGCUCGUGACUUGAAUCCGCGCCGUGUACACACAGACAAGGAGCCAAGGAUGGGUGGCUUCAACUGUAUCCCUUUAUGGUUAGCUUGUCAUACAGCGUUAUAGAAACAUUUUGACAAGCGAUACAGAAAAGCCGUGAUUAGCAUUGCUGUUGUAUAUCAAUUUAGUAUGCAUGGAAAUGAUAAUAUUGUGC